UGAUUGGUUGAGAUCUAUGGAAUCAGAUGACGUCAGCGUCAGAGGAAAAGGUAACUUUCGGUCAUUUCUGGUUUGGACACGACCUGCUGCUGCUGCUGGAGCUGAAUUCUUGGAAACCUCAGACUCGGUGCUUCUGUUGUUGAGCCGUUAAAUCAGUGUGCGCUCCCUUCCUGUUUCCAUUUGCGGCUGAUAAAACCCAAAGCUGCUUUUCACUUCCUCUCCUCCAGACGGUGGCAUGGGCGCCCAGUCAGACUCCACCCUCCAGUCCGUCCUCCUCUUUCCGCUCCACCUCCUCAUCUGGUUGUACUCGCUCAUUUCAUUCCUGCCCUGGUACUUCAUCACCAGCGCUGGCCAGAAGUGUUCCCAGUCCAAGAGGAUGAAGGCUCGUUCUACCAGCGGCUCCCCGGAGGGCCCCUACCGCUCCGUGGACCACUUUGAGUCCUUGGCCACAGAAGACUUCCCAGGGAAGGACACCCUGGAUAAACUCUUCCAGCAUGCGGUGCAGCGCUUCGGCCCCGCCGACUGCCUCGGCACCAGAGAGGUGCUGAGCGAGGAGAACGAGAUUCAGCCCAGCGGGAAAGUGUUUAAAAAGGUGAUACUGGGGGAGUACCGGUGGCUGUCCUACCAGCAGCUGGACGCUGCGGCCAGCGAGUUCGGCAGCGGACUGGCGGCUCUGGGGCAGCAGCCCAAAAGCACCAUCGCCAUUUUCUGUGAAACCCGAGCGGAGUGGAUGAUCACGGCGCAGGCAUGCUUCAGGCGCAACUUCCCCCUGGUGACCUUCUACGCCACGCUGGGAGAGGACGCCAUCGCCUACGGACUGAACGAAACCGCCGUCACUCAUCUGGUCACCAGCGUGGAGCUCCUGGAAACCAAACUGAAAAAAGUUCUGCCGCAGAUCUCCAACCUGAAGCACAUCGUCUAUGUGGACCAGAGGAAAGUCAGCUCAGAGGGCUUCCCAGCAGGAGUUUCCAUCCACAGCAUGCAGGCCGUACGGGAGCUGGGCGCCGCGCCAGAGAACCUGGGAAGGGAAAUCGUGACGCCUCAGCCCUCCGAUCUGGCGGUGGUGAUGUACACCAGCGGUUCCACGGGUCGCCCCAAAGGAGUCAUGAUAGUUCACAGCAACCUGAUCGCAGGGAUGACCGGCCAGUGCGAACGCAUCCCUGGACUCGGCGUUCUGUCUACAGUUGCAGAUUUCAGCACCGGUCGCGUCGGAGCUCCUCUGAUCUGCUGUGAGAUUCAGCUCAGAGAUUGGACCGAAGGUGGCUACACCAGCAAAGACCAGCCCAACCCAAGAGGGGAGAUCCUGAUCGGUGGUCCCAACGUGACCAUGGGCUACUUCAGGCAAGACGGCAACAAUCAGGACUUUUUUGUGGAUGAAAAAGGUCAGAGGUGGUUCUGCACCGGAGACAUCGGAGAGGUUUACCCCGAUGGCUGCCUGCAGAUCGUAGAUCGCAAAAAAGAUUUGGUGAAGCUGCAGGCUGGGGAGUACGUGUCUCUGGGCAAAGUGGAAUCUGCUCUGAAGAACUGUUCUCUGAUCGACAACAUCUGCGCUUACGCUAACAGCGACCAAAACUACGUGGUCAGCUUCGUGGUUCCCAACCAGAAAAGGCUGACGGAGCUCGCCAAGCAGAGAGGCGUGGAGGGGAAAUGGGAGGAGCUCUGCAACCACCCUGAAAUGGAAAAAGAAGUUCUGAAGGAGAUCAAGGAGGUCGCAGCUAAAAUUAAACUCCAGCGAUUUGAGGUUCCAGUGAAGGUGCGUCUGAGCCCCGAGCCGUGGACCCCAGAGACCGGCCUCGUCACGGACGCGUUCAAGUUGAAGAGGAAAGAGCUGAAAAACCACUACCUGACCGAUAUAGAAAGGAUGUACGGGAGGAAAUAGAGGAUAUCACAACAAUCACCACAUGUUUCUGUAAAUAGUUAGCCUAGCUUCUCCUAAACCAACGCUCAAAGGGAAACGUUGCAGCUGGAGUUCACGUUAGAUUUCCAUCAAACCAAAGCAUCAGUAGGAAACGUGCUACAGCAGGCUGCUGCUUUACGAAACCAUUUCCGUCCACACCGUUCUGACGCAACUAAAGGUUGCUUUGUUUUUUCCCCAUAACCGUAGCAGCCGCCCAGGUUGCUAACCAAAGUGCCUGAAAGGCUCCGUUCUGUACACUUAUUAUUGAACCACACUGCAUUAGAUUUACUGUUACAGGCUGACAGCCAUGUGGAAAUGUGUGUGUAUAUUAUUUUCUGUAAUAGGAAAGGACUGGUGGCAUUGAUCUGGAGCCGUAGACGCUCCUACUGCGGUUAAUGGACGAUGACUCUGGUACCCAGCUUUCAGCUGUCUGUGUGCCAAAGGAAUUAAGAGGAAAAUGUGUGAAAGAAGAAUUAAAUACUGUACAUAGGUGUCGCUGUUGAUCCAUACGCGCUGCUUUUUAUUUAUACGUGUAGGAUCGAUGGUUUUCUAAGAGAUGCGUCAAAGUAGCGGGUCUUAUUUCAUCAAAAGGGUCAGAGACUUUCACAGCACUCUACUGCCUAAAUCUGCUUCGAUCUGUCGCCAAAACCAAUCCAAAUGUUAACAGACGUCCGCAUGGAUGAAAGCGGGGGUAUUGCUGUUAGGGUGCCUUCAGUCUGCAGUACUUAAAGCAGUAGAAAGAGACUAAACUGCCAUGUUUACAUAUUUAUUGAAAAGUUAGAAAUAAUCGGACAGAAACGCCACUGAUGUCUGGUUAGGAUUUUAUUUUUGGUGAAGACCAAAAAUAUGUAAACAGAGAAUCUCAGGAAGAAAAGUAGACGUGUUUGAGUAUAAAACUGUCACAGGGACACGAAAUGAUAAAAAUCUUGUGGGCACCUUAUUUAUUUAAGCUUCCUUAACUGUUAAAAUGGUGACAACUUGCUUACUGUAAUACUCUGCAUUUCUCAACACAUAUUUGAUAUGAAGACUAUUUCAAAUCGGAUUAUUGUCAAUUGUUUUGUUUUUUUUCACGUAUUGUGUUAAAAGGUUUUCAUCAUUAGAACUGUUCGACAACGGCAACCACUUUUCAAAUGAUCAACAUUUCAAAAUAAACUUCUUUUU